AUGGAGAAUGAGUCUGAGAAGGAUGCAGACCAAAAUGAAGAGACAUCUGAAAUGAAUGAGCCUCCAGAAUCUGUGUCACUGGAUGACGCAUCAGCAGAGGUGGCCACACGAGCCUCUGACACUGACCUAGAGAUUGAAGAUCCUGAGAAGGCCUUUGUGGAUAUUACAGGUGUAGAGCUGUACUUGGAAGCAUGCAGGCUGCUGGAGGUGGUUCCUGUCUCACACUUCAUUCAGAACUUGGCCAAGCCUUAUAUAAACCUGAACCACUGUGGUCUAGGACCCAAAGGUGUCAAAGCCAUUGCUAUUGCUCUGGUGUCCAACACAACCAUCAUGCACCUAGAGCUGGAAGACAACUGCAUUCUGGCAGAAGGAGCCAUAUACAUAGCAGAGAUGCUACAAGAGAAUUCCUCCCUCCAAGAACUGAAUAUCUCAAAUAACCACUUAGACACGGCAGGAGCUGAAGCCAUUGCCAGUUUGCUUUUGGAUGACGUGUCCUACCUCCGUGCUCUUCAGCUCUCGGGAAACAACUUUGGAGAGAAGACUGCACCAUACUUUGCUAAGGCAUUAAUGGGCAAUUACAAAGUGAAGGAGCUGGACCUCAGCCACAAUGUGUUCUCUGAAAAUGGAGGACAGCUUUUGGGACAGAUGCUUGCCCUCAACACAACACUGGAGAUCCUGGACCUGAGUUGGAACUACCUGAGGAAGGGGGCAGUAGCACUGGGGACAGGUCUCAGGGGCAAUGGUGCAUUGAAAAUACUCAACCUUUCUUGGAACGGCAUUGGCAACGAGGGAGCAGAGGCCCUAGGAGAAGCUCUCAAGGUCAAUAACGCGCUAGUUCAGCUGGACAUCAGCAACAACCAGAUCAACAAUGAAGGAGCCACGAAGUUCUCCAGGGCCCUUCAAGUCAAUGAAAAACUCAAAAUCCUGAAGAUGGCAAAUAAUCCCCUGACCACAGAAGGUGCCACUGCACUAGUCACAUCUGUCCAAAAGAACCCUAAAUCCAUGAUGGAGGAGAUCAACAUCUCAAAUGUGUUGGUGAAUGAAACUUUCAUUAAGUUGCUGGAUUUGCUGUGGCAAACACAUCCUGAACUGGAAGUGAUCUAUGGUGAGGUUGAAGGCUGUAUUGCCAAGAUCCCCCACCAGCAUCCAAAUCCCAUGGAAGUGAUUCAGAACUAUUUGAAAGAGCACAACCUACGACUCUGGGACUUUUUUAGGAAGAUUGACAAGGAUGGAAACAUGAAGAUCCCUGUGGCAGCCUUCCGGAGAGCCAUGAUGCAGCAAUCAAGGAUCCCACUGAAUCGAGUUCAAAUUGGGGAACUAGUGCACAAGCUAGACCGGAAUCGGACAGGGGUUGUGGAUUAUAGUCACUUAAAAGAGCAGAAGCCAGCACAGAAGCCUGUGGAAAAGGAAACUGAGGAG